AUGAAUAAUGUUUCAACAAUUUCAUUGUUUUUUCUUUCAGGUUUGAACGAAACAAGCCAGAAUCACAGAUCAGCUCUCUUCUUCCUCAGUUUGAUGUGUUACUGCAUAACUGUCCUGGUAAAUGUUACUCUUAUUCUGAUCAUCAUCUUGGACAAUCAACUUCAUGAACCAAUGUAUAUUCUGCUGUGUGCUUUUUGCCUGAAUUCCCUUUAUGGAACAGCCGGUUUCUAUCCAAAAUUUUUGUGGGAUCUGCUCUCUCCUGUUCAUGUCAUCUCUUACUCAGGCUGCCUUCUUCAGGCGCAGGUGUUGUACUCCUUUGCCUGCUGUGAUCUGUCCAUCCUUGCCUUCAUGGCAUACGAUCGGUAUCUGGCUAUAUGUCAACCACUGAAGUACCACUCUAUCAUGUCAAAGCAGAGAGUCAUUAAGCUGACAUGCUUUUUUUGGCUGACAUCAUUUUUCACUGUUUCGGUCACUGUUUUUCUUACAUCCAGACUGAGGUUAUGCAGCCCAUAUAUAAACAGACCUUUCUGUGUGAAUUGGAGCAUUGUGUCACUGGCAUGUUUUCCUAAUGAAACAUUCAUCAAUGGCAUUGUUGCAAACAUUACACUAAUGAUAUAUAUAUCUCAUGGUGUCUUUAUUGUAUGGUCUUACAUGUAUAUCAUUAAAAGAUGUAUCAAGUCUAUAGAAAACAGGGCAAAGUUCAUGCAAACAUGCCUUCCACAUUUAAUCUCCAUGUCAACCUUUAUUAUGACUAUAAUGAUUGAUAUUGUUAAUAAUCGACUUAGUUCCAAAGACUUACCUGAAGCUUUGCAAAAUUUUAUUGCAAUGGAGUUUCUUGUCAUUCCUCCCCUCAUGAAUCCCCUCAUUUAUGGUUAUAAGUUGACCAAAGUUAGAAGCAGAAUUAUUGAUGUCGUUACUUUUCAUUUUAAAUGAAUUCAAUGCCAUAUAUUUCAGAU